GUUCCUAGUCCAAUUAUUGUUUACGUUUAUAGUUUGAAAGGUUGUAUGGGACCAGUCUAAUCUGCACUCUGUCCUUUUAUUUCCUUUUCUUUAACUAAAUAAUUUCCAUCAAAUUUAAAAUCGGUCCACAGAUAUUGGAGGAAGAUGUCACGUUAUUGCGAAGUGUUUUGUGACCUACUUUGUCACUUACGCGACCACGGGUAGUUCUCAAACACACAGAACUAAGAAACAACGCUUAGACGAUCGAGUUGUUUCGGUUUCUAAGACAAUACAAUAAGCAGAAUCGCCUCCACAAAAAUGGCUGAAGCAGCACUGGGACAGGAAGAACAGGAGUAUGACGUAUUCCUGGUGCACAGUUCAGAGGACAAUUAUACCGCUCAUCAAAUCAACAAAGGACUCAAGCAUGAAGGUUUCAAUACAUACGCCCAUUAUAAAGAGGGAGUGGAAUUUCCUGCAGGCCGUCCAGUGUUUGACAAUAUCAUACACGCUGUAAAACAAUCAAAAAUUAUAUUAAUUUUACUGACCAAAAAUGCGAUGAAAUCUCACUGGGUUACUUUUGAAGUGUUAAUGGGACUAGAGAAAUCGCACCGUGAAAAUAAAAUGUGUGUUCGAUUGGUGUUCCAAGGUGUUUCGGAAACAGAGAGAAAAGAAUUUAAGAAGGGUGCUUUUCAUUGGAUACCAGACGUUAUUAUAGAUUUCAAUAAAGAUACAUGGAUGAAAGACUUAGCAGAUAAACUCAGAGAGGAUGUUACCAUGCACGAAUUGCUGCCCGCUGGAAAUGUUGCACAUGGUCUUGUGUUUAACUAUUACAUAGGCUUCCUGGCAUACGUCCUUCCUGCCACGGAAGAGACAGUUGAAAAAUGUGAAUAUAGCAGACAAGGUAAUUUCUCAAAGAAAUUUUUCAUCAUAAUACCCGAGUCAUGUAAAAUCAGUCCAAUAGAAGGUCGGCAUGGCGAAUAUACCAUAGAAAAGAUGGAGAAACCUUUAGACAUGGAUGCGUCACACGGAGACAAGAAAAGAAAGUACAAUCCUUCUGUGUAUAGGAUAUCAAAGGAUAAUUUCGAAGAGUCAUAUUUCUUCACAGCAGACAUCCCAUUUAUUUUGGCUACAAUGUCCAAGAUGAACGAGAUGGGGUUUGUGGAGAUUGACCUUCACAUUCAGAUGGUUCGAUUCAAAAUGACACUGAUGGAACUGGUGCAACAUCGUGAGAACUUGGAAUGCAGAGAUACAGCGAACUUCAUUGCUUAUAAAGAUGAGGAGGAAUCGCCUGCACAAAAAAUUUGGGAUUCUGUCGUCCAUGAAUUUAAAGCCAGACCUGCUAAAGACACCACAAAGACAGUUGCAAGAAAAAAGGCACAGAUAAUUCAAAAAGGGGAGGAAAUUACGGCAACGAUCACGCAUUUGACAGACCACCAGGCAGAUCAUGAUACUGCUGCUGAGGUCGAAAACUUUUUGUCACAAAAGAAUGUUCUGUUUACCAAUGGUGAGGGUAAAAUGAACUUCGAAGUGCUGAAAGAUGCUAGAUGGAAUAUUUUUAUUUUGUCGGAUGCUGCGAUAGCAGACAACUUUAUGAAGGCACAGUUUCAAGCAGCUCUGGAAUGUAGCAUUUCUGAUAAUGAAGUGCAGGUUAUUCCAAUUCUUGCGGAAUGUUCUGAUAUCAAAAUGAUGCCAGAUAUUUUCAAAUGGACAACACUUCUAAAGAGAGAUGAACCGGGCUACUUAGAUAAACUGUGGACGGCUAUGCAAGAAAGUAGGAAGAUGCUAGAAUUAUUGUCAUCAGGGAAAGUAUAUGAAGGCCUUGCAUACGCUUACUUCAUCAACUACAUGCCUUAUACUCUUACAUACAGGACACCAGAGGGUAGAGACUUCAAAGAAAGAUUUAUUGAUGCCAAGGAAAAGUACAAUAUUAAAGACCCAUGUGUAGCCAGGGUUUACGUCAUUGUACCGAAGUCUUGUUCUUUUCCGCCACCAGGAUCAAACUUUAAAAAAGAAGAGCAUCUUGGUCCACUCGAACCUGUUGUUCUUGGUUUCAGGAAAUAUUUUCUACAACUGUACAGACUGACCAUGUCAAGUGGAGAGAAAGUGUGUUAUGCGAGAGAAUAUGCUACACCCGCCGUUGCUCUACAUGACAUGGCUCAGCUACCAUUUGCUGGCCUGAGUAAAGAAGCUAUGAAUGAACAAGCAGAAAAAUUUUCAAACUUUUCAGAAGAAAUAAUGAGAAACCCAAUAUUCAAUGAAAAGAUUGGAGAUGUACGUGAUAAAUGUGAAAUGGUUUAUUUUGAUGAUGAAAAAAUGGGCAAGGAAGGUGUAACCGAUGAACUGGAAAAACGACUAAUUAAAUGUUUACAGAAGGGCAACUACGUUUGAAGCUUUAACACCAAAUGAUUUAUUCUAUGCUCUUAAGGCUUUAGGGAACUUCAAGACAAAAUGAGAAAUUGCAAAGUUUUGUUAAGGCAUCUGUAGUGAUAAGAAUACAAGUUUGUAGUAAACUUGAAAUUCACAUUGGUAAUAAUACACACGUUAAUGUGAUUGGGUUUUGUUUUACAGAUUAGCGACACAUAUUUUUAUCAUUAUUUUAUUUGUAUCGACAGCAUUUUAAUACGGACGAGAUCUGAAACGAAGCAAAAAACGAGUGCGUUGCAAAACUGCAUACCGGUUGGACUAUGUAAUGGAUCACUCAGUUUGAAAAGUCUUCAUUUAUUUCCAUUUGGUCGGUUACUUCUUGUAAGAAUCUAAAUUACCAUAUCGUGGCUAAAGUUGGAGUUUACAGUACUGAAAAGUAGAAGAAUAAAAGAUAAACAUCUGAGGAAUUACGAUUUCCACCAUCGCGAUUACUGUAGUAGAUAUUUUAUGCUCCCCUUUGAAGAAGGAGGGGUAUUUUGUUUUGAAGAUGUCGGUCGGUCGGUCGGAAUGUAGACCAAUCCGUUUCCGGAUGAUUACUCAAGAAAGCUUGGGCCUAAGAUCAUGAAAGUUGAUAGAGAUGUUGGUCAUCACCAGCAGAUGACCCCUAUUGCUUUUGAGAUCAGUAUGUCAAAGGUCAAGGUCACAGUUAAACGGUUUCCGGAUGAUAACUCAAGAACGCUAGGGCCUAGGACCACCAAGGAUGAUAGGGAGAUUGGUCAUUACCAGCAGAUGACCCUUAUUGAUUUUGAGGUUAGUAGGUCAAAGUUCAAGGUUACGGUGACCCGGAACAGUUAAAGGGUUUCCGGAUGAUAAUUCAAGAAUGCUUGUGCCUAGGAUCGUGAAAGUUGAUAAGGAGGUCGGUCAUCACCAGCAGAUGGGUUCUUAUUGAAUUUGAGGUCAUUAAGUCAAAGUUCAAGGUCACAUUGGCCAGGAACAAUUAAAGAUUUCCGGACGAUAACUGAAGAAUGUUUGGGCCAAUGAUCAUAAAAGUUGAUAGAGAGGUUAAUCAUGACCAGCAGAUGACCCUAUUAAUUUUGAGGUCAGUAGGUCAAAGGUCAAGGUUACAGUGACCCGGAACAGUUAAACCCUUUCCGGACGAUAACUUGAGAAUGCUUAGGCCUAUGAUCACGAAACUUAAUAGGGUGGUUGGUUAUGGCCAGCAGAUGACCCUGUUGAAUAUGAGGUCAAUAGGUCAAAGGUCAAGGACACAUUGACCCAGAACAGUAGAACUUUGGUUUGCAAUGAGCAAAUAAUUUCAGUUUCUUGUGCAAUAAAUGAGUUAUCAAGGGUGGGGGUGGGUAUUUCGUGUUCUACGAGCUCUUGUUUUCAUGAAGCUUAUUGCACAGAUAAAUGACAAUAUAAGGAGCAAGAGGGCAAGUUAAUCUUGUAAUGACCUUAAAAACUUGAGACUUGUUUCUGUAAACUUACAUACAUGUUAGACACUAUGUAGAACAUGAACGUUAUUAUAUUUUGCUCCGUCUGUUUUUCUGUCCUUCACUCGGUCACAAAUGGUAGAUUCUAUCAUAACAUAUUUGUUCAGGAAACCUGCGACAUAGAAACAAGACAACAUGGAGAAAUGCACAUUAUUGCAUUUCUGUCUAUGUCUACUGUUUGUCCUGUCCGUUCAUCAGAUGCAAAAUAAAGAUGAUGUAUUAACUUUUAAAGUACAAGAUAUUUUUCCAUGAAACCUGGUUAUCAACUGCAGGUUGUUUUGGAAACUUGCAAGCUCUUUACUUCGUUUCAGUAUAAAAUAUAUCUUGUAAUAGCCUUGUCUUAACUAUAGUUUCGCUAAACAGUACACAGUCACUUAAAAAACGGCAAUACCGUGUCUUAUUGUUUUAUUGGCAAGCGUUGCUUAUUUUUAUUUCUAAACGUAACUUCCGGUUAUUGAAUUGACACCCUGUAUUUAUGGUGCAUGCUUCUGGUUGCUGGCAUGAGUUACACGAUUUUGCCCGAAUCAGCUCUGUUACUAUUUAUUGUAAGAUAAAGAGUAAUGAAUAGUGUACUCAUCACUUUCUGGAAUAAGACUUCGUGAUGAGAGGUACGCGCAAAUGUAUGAUACUGGCUUCUAUUCCUUUCGCGAAAAUAUGGGAGCUUGCGGGUAUUUCAUCUUGUAAGUAUUGAUGCACAUGCAUAUUGAUUAAUGUAGAAAACGUAAUUUUGUUUGAAAUUAUGACAUUUAAGGUUGAUUUUCUUUCGACUGUGAAAUGUGUAGUUGUGUCAAAAUACGGAUUAGGAUUAUGUUUUUUAUCUGUUCAGUGACCCGGACUAAGUGUAUGAGAAUAAAUGCAUUCUGUGAUUGGGAUUUUGUCUUGAAAAUGAUUAAUUGUCGACUGGUGGUAUCACUGUAAUACUUGUAGUAUUAGAAUAUGGUUCAUACCGUUAACAAUAGGGAGAAGUUGGUCGGACUUUUAAUGAUGUUUAACGGUUUGCUUUGUCCGUUUCAAAGGCCUGCGUGUAAGAUUUGAUAGGAUUGUUGUUAUAUACACUAUCAUUUCUAUGCUCGUCGGAUCAUACCGUUUGUUAUCAUUACAUUUGUAAAGGGUUGACAUGACAUGAAGCAGGUAGUUUUUAUUUACAAUGUCUUGUAGCUUUGGAACAUCUCUGUACAAUUAACCGGUUCAAACUCUCCAGCACUAGCCGCUGCAGUGCUGUGCCCCUCCUUUGAUUGUUUGUUUUGAUAUUGUUUUCGUUGUGUUACUCUAUGUAUUUUUUGUAAAUGUCAAUACACUAGUGUAGUGUAGAAUUUGUUUUUGGGACGUUAUUCUUAUUGGAUAUUUAUCAUUGUUUUUGUGUGUUUUGAACGAACAACAACAACACAUAGAUUGUAACAAUUUCGCGAAGUUUUAAUGUAAAACAUUAUUUUGUUUUUGUUUGGGUCGUUUUGCAUUGCAUUGAUUUGACUUGGCAAUGAACUUAUCACGGUACGAAUUAGUGAAUGUUAUUUUCAUUGUUAUUGUUAAAGUUGACUGCGGCUUAUGAAUGUCUAUUUCAACAUUUUUACGUAUACGUUAUGAUAUGUCGGCUGUUCUGCGUAUUAUCAUUUUGUUUUGUAAUUAACUGAUUAAAGUAUGACUCUUUCAUUUUCGAGAUUAAAGUCCAUGAAAAACAAAUAAAUACUUGAUCUAAUAAACAGGAAAUGCACAAUGAUAUGUAUAUUCAGCAUAAAAACAUUUGUUAUGUUAACAGUUUAUUAAUAUAGAGAGUGUAGUAAAAUUUGAGAAUUUC